AUGCUGAAGAAAGAAAGUCUCAUAGGGGAGUCAAUUGUUUCCACAACUACGCGUGAAAUAAAUAGUCUUGCAUCGAAUGCUGAUAAAUCAGCUCUUAAAAGGGAAGAAAUAGAUGAUAAUAGGUUUGAGUCCUCCACUUCUGUCGACAGCAAAGGUUUCGACGAAAGGGAGCUUAUUCUUGGUAGACAGUCUUUGGAGAGCUCUGACACUUAUUCUGAUAAGAAAAUAAUUUCUGAUAUUUUGCUCCAGAGCACAUCUAUUAAUGAAAAUAAAAAUAUGUCGACAACUGAUGAGGUAACGCUCAAAGACUCAGAAGAAGAAAAACCGAAGCUUCAAAAUGGGCCGGAAGAAGAAGAAGAGCCAGAAAUCCUUAUUGAG